CAACUGGGCAGAGGGAUCCUCCUCCUGGCAUCACUGAAGCACUGGCCUGCGGGUACGGCCAGCUGGGUUGCAUCAGAGCAGAGAGGACAGGAGCUGAGGCUGCUCCAGUGCGGAAAGGUGCUCUCAGCCCUGUUUGCUGGGAACAUGCUGCUUUACUGCCUUUUUACUGCAGGGUGAUGACUCUCAUGGGUCCACCUGCCUACAACACACAAGGAGGACCAUGUAGGAUAUCAGGAAACGGUGCUCUCUGGUGGUCCGAGGGGGAAAAAAACUGUUUGGAGACAUCUGCUCUAUCUUCCAUGAGCUAGAUUGUAACGCGACUUGAAGCUGAGAAGCAGGAAAGAGAGCGCUUCCUCUGGGGCAAGCGGCUGAGAGCGCGGAUCUGCGAGAGGCAAUCGGAACCGCUGGGCUGCGCAUUGCAAACAGCCAAACGGAGACUUGCGGAUCUCCUGCUCAUCCAGCUCCUAUCUCACACGGAGCCCGGCCUCCACCUUGGCCAUCCCCUAGCCUCGCCCAGAAGAGAGGAGACUUUUUACCAACCGCUAGGUGCCAAGAGCCGAGCCGGGACGGCGGACACGACCAACAGCCUUACCCUUGGCAGGACGGAACUGCCCCGCUGAUCCAGAAAGAACAUCGCUGGCUCCGCGCUGCAGCCUCCGCGGGAGCGGCGGCAAAGCUCCGCCUCCGCUGGCCGGGAACAGCCCGAUAAAGGCAGGUGCUGGCAAGCACCAGGACCCCAGCUGGAAGCAUCUGCCUAUGCACGGAGCCCCUGGCCACUCCUUGGCCACCCCGUGCCCGGCGGCACCUGAGCCAGACAGUGCCGGCUGCGGCGGGACAGCACCCUCGCAGCGCACACCCAUCUCGUCUGCCGCAGCCUUCGGUCGCGUCUCUCGCAAGGGACAAGGAUCUCGACCCCAAGGACCUCCGAAGGGGCGGGAUUUCUCCGAGAAGGGGAAGCAGAGUUUUUGUUGUGUGGCUUGGAGAUGAGGCAAGUAUCUGGAGUGGUGUUCCUCCUGGGGCUGAUGGCUUUCCCAGCGGCGCUGGGACACAGAAGCUCUGGAAGCUCUAAGAAUAGCAGCCAGCCUCAAAGCUUUGCCAUCGUCUCUUUCAAAUGGGAUCACGUCAAGGAUCCUUAUAUCAUUACACUCUGGAUACUUGUGGCCAGCUUGGCCAAAAUCGUUUUCCACCUGUCCCACAAAGUCACUCGAGUGGUUCCAGAGAGUGCUCUGCUGAUUGUUCUUGGUCUCUUCCUUGGUGGCAUUGUAUGGGCAGCAGAUCACAUCGCCUCCUUUGCCCUCACACCAACUGUAUUCUUCUUCUAUCUGCUGCCUCCCAUUGUUUUGGAUGCUGGAUAUUUUAUGCCAAAUAGAUUGUUCUUUGGAAAUCUUGGUUCCAUCCUUUUGUAUGCUGUCAUUGGGACAAUCUGGAAUGCUGCCACAACUGGUUUAUCUCUCUACGGUGUCUAUCAGACAGGAAUAAUGGGCCACCUGAAUACUGGACUGCUGGACUUCCUCCUCUUUGGCAGCUUAAUUGCUGCUGUGGAUCCUGUAGCUGUUCUGGCAGUGUUUGAAGAAGUCCAUGUCAACGAGGUUCUAUUCAUCAUUGUUUUUGGAGAAUCGCUUCUGAAUGAUGCUGUCACUGUGGUGCUGUACAAUGUGUUUGAAACUUUUGUUACCAUAGGUGCAGAGAACGUGACGGGGAUUGAAUGCGUCAAAGGCGUAGUGUCAUUCUUUGUGGUGAGCCUGGGUGGGACGCUGGUCGGUAUAUUCUUUGCGUUCUUGCUUUCGUUGGUCAGUCGUUUCACCAAGCACGUGAGAAUCAUUGAACCUGGAUUUGUGUUUAUCAUUUCCUACAUGUCCUACCUCACAGCAGAGAUGCUUUCUCUUUCUGCUAUCCUUGCGAUAACCUUCUGUGGCAUCUGCUGUCAGAAAUACGUAAAGGCUAACAUCUCUGAACAGUCUUCUACAACUGUCAGGUAUACCAUGAAAAUGCUGGCCAGUGGAGCAGAAACUAUUAUCUUCAUGUUUCUGGGAAUUUCAGCUGUAAAUCCAGACAUCUGGACUUGGAAUACAGCAUUUAUUCUACUGACUCUGGUCUUCAUCUCAGUGUAUAGAGUUAUUGGUGUAGUCUUACAGACCUGGAUUCUUAACCACUACAGAAUGGUCCAGUUAGAGAUAAUAGACCAGGUGGUGAUGUCAUAUGGUGGCCUACGUGGAGCGGUUGCUUUUGCUCUGGUUGUACUUCUGGAUAAGGACAAAGUGUAUGAGAAGAACCUGUUUGUCAGCACAACUAUCAUCGUUGUGUUUUUUACAGUUAUUUUCCAGGGGCUGACUAUCAAACCUUUGGUACAGUGGUUGAAAGUGAAGAAAACUGAGCACAGAGAGCCAAAACUGAAUGAGAAACUUCAUGGCAGAGCCUUUGAUCAUAUUCUUUCUGCUAUAGAAGACAUUUCUGGACAAAUAGGACAUAACUAUCUGAGAGACAAGUGGUCCAAUUUUGAUAGGAGGUUCCUCAGUAAAGUACUGAUGAGAAGGUCUGCUCAAAAAUCAAGAGACCAGAUCCUUAACAUUUUCCACGAACUCAACUUGAAGGAUGCAAUUAGCUACGUGGCUGAGGGAGAGCGUAGAGGUUCCUUGGCAUUUAUACGUUCCCCAAGUACAGACAACAUGGUAAACGUGGAUUUCAGCACCCCACGCCCAAGUACUGUGGAGAGUUCUGUCUCUUAUUUACUGAGAGAAAAAGCUGGACCAGUUUGCCUUGACAUGCAAGCUUUAGAGCAGAGGAGGAAAAGUAUUCGGGAUACAGAAGACACAGUAGCUCACCACACCCUACAGCAGUACCUGUAUAAACCCAGGCAGGAGCACAAACACCUGUACAGUCGACAUGAGAUCAUGCAUAGUGAAGAUGAGAAACAAGACAAAGAAAUUUUCCAUAGGACAAUGAGGAAGCGCUUAGAAUCUUUCAAGAGUACCAAACUAGGAAUAAACCAUCCCAAGAAGCUCAAUAAAAUCCACAAGCGAGACCGGGGCCAAAAAAGGCGAAGUAGCAGUGCAAUACCAAAUGGAAAAAUACCUUCAGAAAAUCCAGUACAAGAUUUUCCUUUGAAAGACAAAGAUUUGGAGUUUUCUGAAUCAGAAGAAAACAAUGAUUACGAAACUUUACAUCUUGGCAAAGGAGUUGAUUUCCUGGCUAAUGUUACGCAGCAGAAUUUCACAGAUACUCCUACUGGAAUUGAUAACCCAGUAUUUUCAGCUGAUGAUGAUGACCAAAGCAUCUACAUGAAGUUCUCACCAUGGUUAUCCAGUGAAGAUACUGUGGUGCCAUCACAAAGGGCCCGAGUGCAGAUCCCAUAUUCUCCAACCAACUUCAGACGACUCGCUCCAUUCCGGCUCAGCAAUAAAUCAGUAGACUCCUUCCUGCUAGCAGAUGGCCCAGAGGACCGACCCAGAGCUUUUCUGCCAGAAUCAACACAUAUGUAACAUUUUAAAAGAUGUUAUCACCUUUGUUUUUAUUCAGCCUUCCUAUCAACGCUAACCACUGGCGAGCAAACUUACUUUCCUGAUUUUUCUUCUUCCAGAGCAUCUCUUUCCUUCCUGAUUUCUCCAUAUGACUAAACAUCUUCAGUUUCCAUAUAACUAAACCUCUUCAGUUUUCCUUCAGCUUGAAUAACAAAAUAUCUUUGUACUUUCCUUCUGCAGAAGUGCUGCCUGCCUGUUUGGAGUCCUGCUCUUUGUUUUGGCUUGAGUAUUUUAAAUA